AUGUUAGUAAAUUUAAAUAUUAGAGACUCUUGAAUUAAUUACUUGAAAAUUUAAUAAGUUUUGGUGUUGAUUUUGUUAAUCAGAGUUUUCUGUAGGUGAUAUUGUGUUACUUCAAUAUUAAAUAUAAAUCCAUAAAAACCUUAAAGAUAAAAUAGCAUUUUUCAUACAUAUAAUUUAAAUAUAAACAAUAAGCUUAAUUUGUUUGGGAGUGCUUGGCCAGCCUAAGGGAAGGGGAAGGAAAGGGAUUUUAAGGGAAUUUGAAGGUAGGGAUCAUAAGUAGCCUAAGGAAUUUGCAGGGUUAUGGGCAUAUGAGUUCAACAAAUUAAAUACCAUCAACGGCAGGCUAAAUUGGCUCAGAGUGCAGUAUGUAGAUUAAGACAGUCCUCUAGUAACUUUUAUAGCUUAAGCUACAGAUAGAUAAUUGGAUUCAAAAGAUUCUUUUGCAUUUGGAGGCCCAUUUCAACACUAAGAAAUUGACCAAGAAAGCAGUUGGGAGGAAAUAACCACCUAAGUCAGGCAAUGCCAUUCCAAAAGAUCUGUCUCUCUAUUUUUCAUCCAAAUCAGAAAUCAUAGUGAUCAGUUAAUCAGUUGUAUUAAUUUGA